GGGAGUGAUUUAUGUUUCUUUCAGGAAGUGACGCAAUGAAAGCGGUAAAGCGCUAAGGCAAAACAAUAUGAAAUGAAGAGGCGACAAGCGAUUCCAAUAUGUGGCAUUUAAACUUAUAAAGGAUACUUUUGCUACAACCGCCGACUUUUCGUGGUUUUAAUACAGACGUUACCCCAAAGACCUUUGAGAACCAGAGUUCUAGAACAAUGGCAGCUUCCUUACCUCCCAAACCAGCAAUGACAGGGAUCCCUCCACAGCAGCAGCCUCACCUGCCCCCCAACCCUGCCUCAGCCCAGGGUCAGCAGCCCAUGGCCCCUCAGGGAGCGUUGAGAGAGAUCUCCCCCGUGUUCCUCUGUCGCAUCGGACAAGAGACGGUCCAGGACAUUGUUACUCGCACGAUGGAGAUCUUCCAGAUCACACGAGCCACGCAGCUUCCCAAUGGUGUGACUCAGAACCAGGCCAUGUACCAGGACCGUUUUAUGAAGCUGCAGGAACACCUCCGGCAGCUCGCUCUGCUCUUCAGGAAACUCCGGCUGCUGUACGAACGCUGUGUAGAGAUGACAGCUGACCUGCAGGAGGAUCCAGGAGAGCUUGUUCCAUAUGUUGGUGAGGAGCUGGUGACUGUCAGAGUGGAGCCCUGUAAUCCUGCUCUCCUCCAGGAGAGACAACAGGUUCUUGAGAAGGUGCGUCAGAAGAACCAGGAAAUGAAGGUGCUGAUGGACCAAAUGAGGAACCUGCUGUGGGACGUCACCGCCAUGCUAACGCUCAGGAAAUGACCGGCCUUCAGAUCCCAGAUCAGUGACAGAGACAUAAAGUGAGAUUGCACCUGGUGAAAUGUGGGAAUUUUUCUUGGAUUCAUGUUGGAUCUUCUUCCUUCUUAUUCCUCCUCCUCCUCCUCCUCCUCCACCUAUAGCCUGAACACCACACAUGAUCCCCCCGCCCCCACUUCACUUACAACCUUUGAAAAUAUCACAACACAAAAAACAGGAGAGGUAUUAGAUUAAAAUUAAAAAGGGGUCAUCCUUUAAUUUGAGUCCAAGUCGGGGCUAAAUUAGUUUCAACCUAAAAACACUUUAGAAAUGACCCAGCUGUCGGUUCUGUUCAGUUGAAUAAGUUAGGAUUCUCUGUUUUCCCACCCUUUGAAUAAUGAGCCGGUACCUGUCUGGCCUCAGGUGAAAAACAAGGGAAAAAUCUUUUGAAAGAAAAAAAAGAGAGAUGUUUUUUACCUUCAGGCUCAGCCUCGAAACCCCAGACAGAUUUGAACUCAGUCUGGACGACUUUCACAGGAAGCACAGAUGCUCCAAAGACUGUUUUACAAAAGGAGCAUUUGCACUUAUUCUGCUCUGCCGGUUGUAAAACACCACGCUUUUAGAAUUCAGAUGAGCUUCUUGGCAGCUGUGAAUCUCGGGUGCUUUGUCUAUAUUUCUGUAUAAGUGUGUGUGUGUGCGUGUGUGAGAGCAUGUUCUUAUCGACACAAGUUUUAAGUGUCACACAGCGCAUCUGUUUAGCCUGAAGGGGUUUUUUUUUUAUACCUUGCCGGUCUGUGAAUUUAUUUUUGUACAUUAAGGGACAAAUGUUAGGUCUCCUGGGUCCAUUCUUUUUUGAAUAAAAUACACUUAAGACAAGGGUUUGCAUUUGAGUAUGCUUGAAAAGCCAGUGUUGUUUUUUCAAGGGGUUUUGAUUACCUUGAAUUUUGCAUAAAGUGUAAAAAUGUCCUGCCGUGUUUGUCAUGUCCCCUGUCUGACAGCAGGUGGCUCCAAAUGAUAACUAAGUCACUUAAGAAAUUGCUUCGAGUUAGCUUAAAGUAACUAAAAGCUAGUAAGUAUAUUUACCAAAAAUGGUUGGGAAAAACUUAGCUAACAGGUAGCCUUAAAAAAGAAUUAAAGUAGUAGGACACUAAGACUGACGAUUGGCAAAACACAACUAAGGUUUACUCAGGAAGAAACAAAAUAACCAGAGGUUAGGCUGUUAAAGAUGUUAGCAUCUUUGUUACCGCAUUAAUAAAUUAUUCAUAAAAUAUAUAUAACCUUUAGAAUAGGUGCUAUGUAUUUAUACAUACCAUGUAAAGAUUUUUGUAAACAUACCUUGUUACUUUACAUUUUAUUCUAACCUAUUUGAAUUAAAGACGGUUAAUGAAGAUGUCUUUGUAUUUUAACUUUGCCAAAAAGCGUUUAAAAGGUGUUCCAAAAAAUGUGUGAUUCACCAAAGAUUUCUACUGCCUACUGUUAAAGAAAGUCUUCUACAUUUAGAAUUGACAUUUGCAAAGUGGAAUGUAUUUAUUCCAGCGCUAUUGCAGAGUCGUGUCUACCCACGCAUAAUGAAGCUUAUUCUGACCU